GAUUACGAAGUAUUGUGCCAAAAGCUCUUAAUUCUGUAGAUGUUAUAAUGAUUAGAAAGCAUGCAAGAAGAGCUUCGUGGUAUAUGGAUGCUUAUAGAAAAGAAUUGUCACUUGCUGCAGCCAAAUUUGCAAUAAAAAAAUAUAAAUCUCACAAGAGAAUUCCUGAAAGUAUUAUUCCUUAA